AUGAUGAGGGGUCUUGUCUCCGGUGCGAAGAGGCUAUCAACACCAUCGUUGAUGUCGACGACCACCGUUACUGCGAGAAGAAGCUACAGUCUGAUUCCGAUGGUUAUUGAGCACUCAUCGAGAGGAGAGAGAGCUUACGACAUCUUCUCUCGAUUGCUCAAGGAGCGUAUAAUCUGCAUCAACGGUCCUAUUAAUGACGAUACGUCUCACGUCGUCGUCGCUCAGCUUCUCUUCCUCGAGUCUGAGAAUCCUUCGAAGCCGAUCCAUAUGUAUCUCAAUUCACCAGGCGGCCAUGUCACCGCCGGUCUUGCAAUUUAUGAUACUAUGCAGUACAUUCGUUCUCCGAUAAGCACGAUUUGUUUAGGCCAGGCUGCAUCAAUGGCUUCUCUCCUCUUGGCAGCAGGUGCCAAGGGGCAAAGACGGUCGCUGCCAAAUGCAACCGUUAUGAUUCAUCAGCCUUCAGGAGGAUAUAGUGGGCAGGCUAAGGAUAUAACGAUUCAUACAAAACAGAUUGUUCGCGUGUGGGAUGCGUUAAAUGAACUGUAUUCCAAACACACAGGUCAACCUAUUGACGUGAUUGCAAAGAACAUGGAUAGGGAUCAUUUCAUGACUCCUGAAGAGGCUAAGGCGUUUGGAAUAAUCGAUGAAGUAAUUGAUGAAAGACCAUUAGAGUUGGUGAAAGAUGCAGUUGGAAAUGAAAGCAAAGAUAAGAGUUCAAGUUAG